GCUAAGCUUGGGCUCCUGACGUGCACCAGAUAAGGAACAUUCGUUGCCGAUGCCUCUCGGGUUUUUUAUCUCUCUUUUAUUCCCCCUCCCCCUCCUUAACUGUUGGUUUGAGGUGACACAAACAUUGUUUAUAGAAGAAGUAUUAAGGUGUUUGUGCCUAAGUAUCAUCUGGUGCACAAUGCCUUCUACUUACCUCAGCUUCCGAUGCAGCGUGCCGUGGCUGAUCCUUUCUCUGGAAGCUGUCUUCAUCGUCCUCAUUUAUUUUCUGUUCUCAGACCAGUAUGCAUUGCUUUACUACACAGAUUUGCAGGAUGUCAGCCACAUGCUCAUUUUUGGAUUUGGCUUUUUCCUGACGUUUCUGAAACGAUACGGGUUCAGCAGUGUGGGAUUCAACCUCCUGAUCAUCGUGCUUGGUGUCCAGUGCUCCAUUCUGAUGGAAAAUGUAUCAGUUUUCCCGACAGAAAGAACAGUGGAAGAUGUGUUCAGAAUAACGGGAGCUGCUAUGAGCGUGGUUGCUGUGGUCAUCUCCAUUGGAGCUGUUCUUGGGAAGAUCAAUCCCAUGCAGUCCAUCGUGAUGACAGUUGUGGAGAUAAUAGUUUUCCGUAUGAGCAGAUGGAUCAACAUGCACGUCCUGAAGGUUUCAUACCAUGUAUGCAUGAUGCACGUUCACCUGUUUGGGGCAUACUUUGGUCUGGCUGUCUCCUCACGUUUCCCUGAGCCAUCACUAAGGGCUGAGAAGAAUGGAAGUACUUCAAAAUCGGACUUACUGUCAAUGUUGGGCACUCUCUUUCUGUGGGUGUUCUGGCCAAGCUUCAAUUCUGUACUGGCUUCAGAAAAGAAUAAAUUGAUCUUUAACACCUACUUAGCACUUGCAGUGAGUGCUGUGACUGCCUUUGCGUUGUCUGGUCUGAUCACAAAGGAUGGAAAAUUCAGGAUGACUCAUAUCCACAGUGCAGCGCUGGCUGGUGGGGUUGCUAUUGGUUAUGCAGCAGACAUUAUCGAGUAUCCCUGGAUUGCAAUGAUUUUGGGUCUCCUUGCUGGUGUGAUAAGCACGCUAGGAUCUUUCUGUUUACAGGGUUGCUUGAACCCUACUCUCAAGAUUCAUGAUGCAUCUGGGGUUCAUUUCACGUUUGGUUUGCCUGCUGUGUUUGGAGCUCUUGCCCGAGUUCUUUUCUGUGUGCUGGAAAUCCAGACUAAAUCACCAAGCAUUGGCCACGAGGUCGCAAUGAGCAUCGGUGCCUUCUGCUUCACCAUCAGUGCUGCCCUGAUAACGGGUCUGAUUACAGGUUUAAUCCUAAACCUCAAACUGUUGAAGCCCAUCCCUGUCUCCAAGUAUUUUGAAGACCAGGUGUACUGGGAGUUUCCUCAUCUGGCUGUUGGAUUUUGAAUGGAUGAACCUCAAUGGAAAACUUGACCAAGAUCCGUAUUUGUCAUUAGAGAAAAUGAGUAGCUAUGAUGAAACAGCACUUAAUUAUUAGCACACUUACAAAAGCCUUCCCAAUGGACACAUGAAGAAUCUGCAACAAAACGUUCAUUAUUUCUGAACAAUCAGCACAUAUAUUCACAGAUGGAGAAUUACAACAUGUUUUCUUUUCUGUUUUGAUCAUUUUACCUUAAAUAUUUUUGUGGGACGUGUACAGAAAGAUGCUGUCGUGGCUUAUCCAUUAAAAUGCUUGAAGCUUUUAAAGCUGUAUUUAGUUCUGAAGUUUAAAAGUCCCAAUCUGUGCAGCACGCAUUUAUUCUGAUCUAGUGAAGUGCUGAAGUUCCUGUUUGUAAGUUCAAUAAGUUCUGCUGAAGGCCCUGUUUUGAUGGCUGAGCCAGAACUCCACACUGUGCCAGGCUGAAAUCGUGUCACCAGAUAAAUCUGCUCGUGGCUCAGCCAAGAUUUGGAAGAUCUGAUGGCAAGAAAUGACGAGCAGAACUUGGGUUUGUGCUGGGGGGUGGCCAGCCUGGAAGAUCUGGAAACGAUUCCUUAAACACUGCCAGCUAAAGGCCUUACCUUGAUUUGAAUGAAUGGAAGGAGAUAUUGCUUGUAGAGUGCUCCUACCUGCAGGGCUCUGUGCACAAGGCACGGCCUGCUCAGUCAGGGGAUGCAGUGCAGCCGUGUUUGUAAGUGCAUGGUGCUCCUCAGCUUUUUCUUCAUUUCAAAAUAGUUGACGUUUUUUCCUUUAACUGCUUACAUAAUUAAAGAAGUGGAACCUUG